AUGAGAACAGCUGCCCAUCCAACCAACCAUAGCCAGGGAGAGUUGAUCCUCAAGGAUUCUCAUACCUCUCUCCAUCUUGGUGCAGAAAUCCUCCUACUCUUUGGGAGUGUCAGCAAUGGUGGUACUCUUAAGCUGAAGCUCACAGUGGCAAAUGACAUCAGCAUUGUUAUUCUGCCUCCAUCAGCUGGUGACCAGGAUAUUGACAGUGAUGAAGAAAAUGAUGAUGAUAUUCUUGACAAGGACUAUAUGCCAGAUGAAGUGAGUGGAGAAGAUGAAGUGCAUAUAGAAAGUAAAAAUAGUGAUAGUAAGGAGGAGCAGCGUCCUAAUGAGCCAUGCAGAGAUAGAAAAGGAAGGAAGAAGGAAAACAUAUAUUUAGGCGUUCAUUCCAUACCGUCCCCAACUGCUGGCGAACAUGCUGCCAAGGACAUUUAUGAUAUUUUCCAACUAUUCUUUCCUGACGAAAUGGUUGAGUAUAUAACAGAACAGAGAAAUUUAUAUGCAGUAAGGGAUAAAAACUGCACGAAAUUCCAUGUAGAUAAGGAUGAAGUUAGGAAGUCUCUGGGGCUAUUACUCAUUAGUGGAUAUCACAGUGUACCAUCUGGAAAUGAUUACUGGUCAACAAGUGAAGACCUGGAAAUACCAGAAUUCCCCAAAGGAAUGAGUAGAGACAGGUUUCGAUCAAUCAAGAGAUAUCUUCAUGUUGCUGAUAACAGUGAUUUAGCUGACUCCAAGACUGCAAAAGUUUGA